CGCCGCGCGCGACCCGGCCCGCGCCGCGCGCGCGCGCUGGCGCGCGCUCGCCCGGCCGCUGCGCUUCGGCCUGGCUGGCCGCUGUACAUAAACACACAUAGCUGGCCAGGCCGCAGCGCCGGCGGCGCUCAGCCUGGGGGAGCCGGGUGGGGCCGCGGGAGAAGAUGGACGAGUCGGACAGCGGGGGGUCCGUGGCGCAGGACUCCGCCUCGGAGUUCGAGUACGAGGAGCAGGACAGCGACGUGGAAAUCGGUUCCGAUGGGGUCGACGACAACCGCGACGACCAGAUGGUCAUAGAGCCCCCAGAGGUGCGCAAGGCGCCCUACGCCAUCAUGAACCGCUCCGAGCUGAAAGACAGGCAGCACAGGUGCAUCAUGGACGCCUCCGAGUUGCUGGAGGUCUCUAGCGAGGAGAGCUUCGUGCUGCUGCGGGUCCACUCCUGGUGCCUCUCGCGCCUCCAGGAGGCCUGGUUCGCCAACGAGGGCAAGGUGCGGGAGCUGUGCGGGCUGCCGCCUGUCUCGAGCGCGGGCGGGGCCUCCGCGUCGGGCUCGCCCUGCCCCUCGCUGAAGGACGAGGGCGCCAGCAUGUGCUGCAUCUGCAUGGCGGAGCGCGUGGGGGUCGCGUCCAGCAUUUUUGCUGGUGCCAGUUCUUUCGCCCGUCGGUUCCUGGGGGCCCGCUUCUUGGAGCACAGGCGGGCCUCGGAGGCGGACCCGGCCGGCCGAGCCGGGCCACCCCCGCAGGUGCGCGAGGAUGCCGCGUUUCGCGGCCCAGGGGCGGCGCGAGGAUGCGCCAAGACACGGGCGCGGCGCGAGGUGCGGAGACGGGUGACCCGAGUCGGCUUCCCGCGGGCGCAUCCCGAGGAGAAGCCGCACAUGCUGUCCUUGGGGUGCGGCCACGGCUUCUGCGAGGACUGUUGGCGCGAGUACCUGCACGUUCAGGUGAACGACGGCAGGUCCGCCGUCCUGACCAGGUGCCCGCAGCACAAGUGCAGCCAGAUAGUGCUGUCGGACAUCUUCCGCACACUCUGCGACGAAGCCAGGAGAGCCAAGUACGACGAGUGGCACCUCCGCACCUUCGUGGACGACAACCCCUCCGUGAAGUGGUGCUCCAACCCCAACGGUUGCUCGAACGCGUGCGAGUACGCGGGCGUAGACAUGUGUGAUAUCCGUUGCAGUUGUGAGUACGUUUGGUGCUGGGCGUGCGGCGAGGAGGCUCACCGCCCCGCCGACUGCAGCACCGUCAACAUGUGGAACGUGAAGAACAGCGCCGAGUCCGAGAACAUCAGCUGGAUCAGGGCCAACACGAAGAAGUGCCCCAAGUGCCACAAGCCCAUAGAGAAGAACCAGGGGUGCAACCACAUGUCGUGCUCGAAGGCGGGCGGCUGCGGCCACGAGUUCUGCUGGCUCUGCCUCGGCGACUGGGCCACCCACGGGACCAGCCGCAAGCGCAGGGCGAGGAGGGGAGCAGCAGCAGGCGGAUUUGAGGAGAAGGACGGGGCAGGAGGGACGAGGGAGGGAGGGACGCGGAUGCUGACGAGGGAGGGAGGGGUUGAGGGAGGGACAAGGGACGAAGGAGGGAGGGUGGGGGAGUGCUUGCAGCCCCGAGCUUCCAGAGUGUUACAAGGUAGCCCAUCAGACUGA